AUGUUUGCAAUCAAAGUGAUGAAGAAACCUGACGACUUUUCUAAUGAGGAGCGAAUUAUAGUUCCUCAAGAAACUGGGACACAAAUCAUUAACGCAAUUCCCGAGGAGCACAAGUCGGGUCGCUUGAUUCGUAUCUACAAGCAGGCCAAACCAGCUACGCAAUCUGGCUCCCACGGCACCCGUCUCUGGCGAAUUCAGUUUGACUGUAGGGAGCGUUGGGAAAACCCUCUAAUGGGCUGGUCAAGCACUGGUGAUCCACUCUCUAAUGUGAGUGUUGAAUUCGCUACAGCUGAAGCAGCACAACAUUUCUGCGAAAAGCAAGGCUGGCCUUCUUAUGUGGAUGCUCCUAAUAAACCGAUACUCAAAGUCAAAAGUUAUGGUGCUAAUUUUUCGUGGAAUAAACGUACUCGCGUCGGAUCUAAAUAG